AUGGCUACCCACCACGCUGCAAACGAGGAGCUGAAGGCCAGCUCACUGUUCGAUGUAUCCCACGUCACAGCAGUUGUCACGGGAGGCGCCACAGGCAUUGGCUUAAUGAUCACACAGGCCUUAGUAUCCAAUGGAGCCAAGGUCUACAUCACUGGUCGUCGCACAGAAGUACUUGAACAAACCCAGAAGGUUUAUAGCACGGGCCCUGGAAGCAUUCAUGUCCUUCCUGGUGAUGUCAGCUUAAAAGACGAAGCUAUCCGACUGGCGAAGGAGGUCGGAGACAAGGAACCCAAUGGUAUACAAUUACUUGUCAAUAAUGCAGGCAUUGCGCGGGAUGAUGAAACGAAGUUCUCGUCAGUAGGCGAGCCUGACAUGUCUGACGCUCAGGCUGUUUCGGACCAUUUCCUGCGAACAAAGCCUGAGCAAUGGGCCGAAACUUUGCAGACAAAUGUCGCUGGGCCAUACUAUAUGUCUGUUGCAUUCCUACCUUUGCUUGCAAAGGGGCGAAAUGCGACACCUGGUUACACGUCCCAGAUUGUCAAUGUUUCAUCCAUCUCAGGAGCUAUGAAGGGAUCUAGCAUGGGCCAACCAAUCUAUGCCACAUCCAAAGCCGCUUUGACCCAUCUCAGUCGUAUGCUGGCGACUUUGUGCAAGGAUGUCAAGGUCCGUGUCAAUGUCAUUGCACCAGGACUGUUCCCUAGUGAAAUGACUACUGGGGAAUCCGACGAAGGCAAUAAGAGUAAGAUUGAGAAAAAGAUGUCUAACCCGGCUGGAAGACCGGGCAAUGACACUGAUAUGGCUGCCACGAUCCUCUUCCUUGUUGGAAAGGGUGGUCUGUUUUACAAUGGCCAGAUUGUAUACCCCGAUGGAGGUAAUACACUAGUGCAGCCGGCUGUUGCUAACUAG